UCUCCUUCCAGCCACACUACGGACACUGCCCGUCACGACCUGCAUGUCCACGACCACCUGCAUACUGCCGAUCUUCACCACGAUCAUCUGCAUGUAGCACCGGAGUUCCACCACGAUCUUCACCACGAUGUCCAUCACGACCUGCAUCAUGACGUUCACCAUGAUCUGCACCACCACGAUGUUCACCAUUACGACGUGCACCACGCACAUGCCACACCGGUAGUCGCAGACCACCUGCACACCGAGGUGCACCAUCACGACGUAGUCCAAGGUCAUGGAGACCACUUGCACCACUCGCACCACGAUGUGGUUGUUGCGACUCCGCAUGCUUCCGGCUUUUGGAAGAAGAGCUUCAUCUGGAAGCCCCGUUGGGUCAAGUCAUGGCACGAGAAGAAAAUCUACGUCCCGGUGUGGAAGCACGUGUGGGGUCCGGUGCAGAUGAGCGAAUGGGUGCCGAUUCCGAGGCCACCGCCAAAUUGGCAGAAGCAUUGAGUAGGUGCUGUGUGUGUGGCGGAGACGAAUGGGCUUGCGUAGUGUAACGCUUUCCAGGAAUGCGUAGUAUUUGUAUUUAGAUGUAUUUUCUUGAAAUAUAGAUAAAUGCUUUAUAGUGGUAGCUAGUAGAUGUGAUGAAUCUAGCAUUAUUUAUACGUGUCGGAUGUACAAAAAUGAAAUAGAAUUUAAGCAUGUUAA